GGAGGUAAAAAUGCCCAUCACUUUAGCGCAUAAAUAUUGAAAAUUAAUCUGAGUAUUCUUGUCAGCGAAACUAAAUUUAAACUCGCAAUUAUACUUAGAAACGGGCUUGUAAGACACAUCAUGAUAAAUUCAGUUAAAAGUAUCGUACAAACCCCAAAGGGUGGCGCUAUUCUUUCAGUAAAAUACCAGCCUAUGAACGCCAUGACAGUGAAUCGAUGUCAUCAGGGCAGAGAGGGAAACAACCGGACAGCUCCCUGGUGCUGAAACACCAGUCUGAAAAUUGCUUGCGGGUUGUCGCACCAUCACCUCGGGAUUAAAAAUGGGUGAAAAUGCUCGAGAGCAAAGUCGUUAAAGAAAAAUCCGACUUUACUGGAAACGUACGUUACAUCAUUUGAGGUGCUGUCAAACUGGACAGAACAAUGGGGCCGGUUGUGACAGUGCAGUGUUGCCAAAGGUACGUGCUGCUCGUUAUUCUUCUUUCAAUUGUUCGUAAUAUAUCGACUUCAGUGACUCAUUAUUCAAUACCCGAGGAGAUGAAAGAAGGAUCAGUCGUCGCUAAUCUCGCUACCGAUCUCGGUCUGGAUGUAAAAACACUGAAUCAGAGGAAGAUGCGUCUCGACAUCAUUGCAAACAAGAAAUAUCUGGACGUGAACAAAGAGACUGGUGAACUGUAUAUUGUUGAAAAGAUAGACAGGGAAUACCUCUGCCCCACGAAGUCAUCAGCGUCGUGCUAUCUCAAACUGGAGGUUAUACUAGAAAAUCCAUUACGAAUCUUUAAUAUAGAAGUAGAAAUUUUGGAUAUGAACGACAACGCCCCACAGUUUCGACGGGACGCCAUUCAUUUAGAUAUAUCUGAAGCAACACCAAAAGGAGAGAGAUUCUCUCUCAGUAAUGCAGUUGAUCCUGAUGUUGGAAUUAAUUCAGUGAAAACCUACCAUCUGAGUGAGAGUGACCAUUUUAAUAUUGAAGUGCAGACUGGUAGAGAUGGGUCUAAAUUUGCAGAAUUAAUCUUAACAAAGACUUUAGAUCGAGAGCAGCAGGCUGUUCAUAAUUUAAUACUCACAGCUGUAGAUGGAGGAACACCUGCUCGAUCUGGCACUGCAAGUGUUAUUGUGCAUGUGCUGGACACAAAUGAUAACGCUCCUGCUUUUGACAAAGCAAAUUACAACAUAAAAAUAAUGGAAAAUUCUCCCAUCGGCAGCCUCGUUGUUCAUCUCAAUGCAACAGAUUUAGAUGAAGGGUCAAACUCUGAUGUAACAUACUCAUACAGUUUAUAUACGUCAGAGAAAACACAAGAAACAUUUAAUCUGAAUCCUUCCACUGGUGAAAUUACUGUUAAAGGAAUGUUAAAUUAUGAAGACUUCAAGAUUUAUGAUAUGGAAGUUAUAGCAACUGAUAAAGGAGUCACUGCAUUAUCAGGACAAUGUACUAUAAAGAUUGUGGUUGAAGACAUGAAUGACAACCACCCAGAAAUAUCUAUUAAAUCAUUUCAGAGUCCAGUCAAUGAAAACAUAGAAUUAGACACAGUGAUAGCAGUAGUUAGUGUCAGUGAUAAAGACUCAGGUGACAAUGGAGUGGUUGAUCUUCAUAUUCCAGAUAAUAUGCCUUUCAAACUGAGGGAAUCCUCUGAUAACUAUUAUGAAUUAGUAGUGUCAGAGCUAUUAGACCGCGAGAAGGUCCCGGAAUAUGACGUCACUUUCACGGUGACAGACAGAGGUUCUCCUCCUUUAUCUGACAAUGAAACUAUGACUUUAGAGUUGCUGGAUGUUAAUGACAAUGUUCCACAGUUCCCUCAGUCAUUUUAUACUAUCCGUGUGAUGGAGAAUAACGCACCUGGAGCCUUGCUCAGUUCACUCACUGCGUUUGACCCUGACCUCCAUGAAAACCAGUAUCUAGUUUAUUUCAUCCUAGAGAAGGAGAUAGCCAACACCUCCAUGUCCAUGCUGUUCUCCAUCAAUCCAGAGAACGGGAAUCUUUACGCACUGAAAACUUUUGACUAUGAGAUCGAGAAGGAGUUUCUUUUCCACAUCGAGGCCAGAGACUCUGGCUCUCCUCCACUCAGCAGCAACGUCACGGUCCACAUCAUUAUUGUGGACCAGAACGACAACGCUCCGGUCAUUGUGUCUCCAUGGCGCGCGCACGGCUCGGUGGUGGAGGAAAAGAUCCCCAGAUCCACCGAUAAAGGCUCUCUGGUUGCCAAGGUGAUAGCCUUAGACACCGACUCGGUGCACAACUCUCGGAUUACCUACCAGUUUCUACAGGUGACUGACGCCACCUUGUUCAGUCUGGACCAAUACAACGGAGAGAUCCGGACUAUGAGGAUGUUCAGUUACAGAGAUCCGCGUCACCAGAGACUGGUUGUUGUUGCCAAGGACAACGGGGAGCCUGCUCUCUCUGCUACAGUCACCAUCAAGCUGUCCACGAUGGAGACUGCCGUUAAGGCCUACUCUGACAUGACUGAGGUGCCUCUGGAAUAUGACAUCUUCUCAGACCUCAACCUGUAUUUGGUCAUCGGUCUGGGCUCGGUGUCAUUUCUCCUGCUCAUCACCAUAUUGGUCACCAUCGUGCUCAAGUGUCAGAAGCCCAAGCCCAGCAAAGCGGCUCCUCCCUGCAGGAACAGUGUGAUCAGUGAGAGGAACUCCACCAUCGCAGAUUCCACUCUGGUCUCCAACGAUGCCUACUGGUACAGUCUGUUUCUAGCAGAGACCAGGAAAGGAAAGCUGGUGGUUAGACAGCCUGUGCCAAAGGGCUCCAGAUACAUCGUGUCCAGUAUACCGAGAGGGACAGGACUCACAGACACUAGUGACUCAGCACCAUCCACUCUGCAGGUAUGA